CCCACCUCGACUUAUAAACAGUCCUCCCGCCUGGCUCCUCCUCCUCCUCCUCCUCCCCUCCAUCUCCAUCUCCACCCCCAAUCCUCAUCUUCAAUCACCCCCACAAUGUCUAACGGAUUCGCGACCUCCGGCCCCGACGGCGGCGACGCCAUCAACAACAUCAAGACCGACAUCGUCACCCUCACCCGCUUCAUCCUCGACGAGCAGUCCCGCGUCCAGCAGGCGACCGCCACCACCGGCGACUUCACCCUCCUCCUCAACUCGCUGCAGUUCGCCUUCAAGUUCAUCUCCCACAACAUCCGCCGCGCGACGCUCAUCAACCUCGUCGGUCUCGCCGGCGCCACAAACUCCACCGGCGACGACCAAAAGAAGCUCGACGUCAUCGGCGACGAGAUCUUCAUCAACGCCAUGCGCGCGUCGGGCAAGGUUAAGGUCCUCGUCUCGGAGGAGCAGGAGGAAAUCAUCGUCUUUGACGGCGACGGAAAGUACUGCGUCGUCUGCGAUCCCAUCGACGGCUCCUCCAACCUCGACGCCGGCGUCUCCGUCGGCACCAUCUUUGGCGUCUACAAGAUCCAGCCCGGUUCGACCGGCACCGUCGCCGACGUCCUCCGUCCCGGAACUGAGAUGGUCGCGGCCGGAUACACAAUGUACGGUGCCUCCGCCAACCUCGUGCUCACCACCGGCAACGGCGUCAACGGCUUCACCCUUGACUCCGCCCUCGGCGAGUUCAUCCUCACCCAUCCCGACAUGAAGAUCCCCAAGAAGCGCGCCAUCUACUCGGCAAACGAGGGAAACACCGUCUACUGGGACAAGCCCACCCAAGAGUACUUCCACUCCCUCAAGUACCCCGAGGAAGGCAGCAAGCCCUACUCGGCCCGCUACAUCGGCUCCAUGGUCGCCGAUAUGCACCGUACCCUGCUCUACGGAGGUAUCUUUGCCUACCCUGCCGACUCCAAGAGCAAGAACGGCAAGCUCAGAAUCCUCUACGAGUGCUUCCCGAUGGCGUUCCUGGUCGAGCAGGCCGGCGGCCUUGCUACCGACGGACGCAAGCGCAUCCUCGACAUGGUGCCCGAGCACAUCCACUCGCGCUCCGGCAUCUUCCUGGGUUCCGAGCUCGAGGUCCAGAAGGUCAUUGACACCUACAAAAAGUACGAUGCUUAGGUUUCUAGUCAAUUGUCUUUCUAUCGUCUCUAUUGUCCCUAUCGUCUCUCUGUUUGGGUUGUCUUUUGUCGCAUCUCGAAUCUCCUCCUCUCUCCUCCUCCUCUUCCUCCCCCUUCUCUACUCACCCCCACCACCCUCGCCACCACCUCACUAUCGCAUCUUGGGAAACGGAUUGUUGAUUUCUCCACGUAUUAUCACUGCCAGUCGUUGACUAUACGCACACUCGGACCGGAUCAGGAUUUUACCAGGCGCGCCAGCACGGUCUGUCGCGCUUGACCUUUCAUUCUCUUUUGCUCGUGCUUUAUGUAAUGUAAUUAUUAUUCAAUUAACCUCAAUUACUCAAUCUCCUUCUCUUUUAU